GAAUACCCUAAACACUGUUGUGUCUAGUGAGCUGGCAGUCAGUCAUAUAUUAGGAAACCUGUGAGAUUCACUAAUUAGAACUGUAGGAAACAAACACCAGUUUAAGCACAUAUACUAAUCUGUAUGUAUUUAGCCAUAGGAAAGAGUUAGCAUUAGCAUCAUACACAGCUAAAGAGAGGACAACAAAACCAUAUUUAUUUACAGGACCAGUGAACUCCACUGAUUUGGCUAGAUUUCCUUCUAUCAGUCUUUCUUCUCCCAGUUUCUCAUGGCCCUGAAGCUGAAACGAAGGCGAGAAUUAAGCACGCUGAGGACAGCGGAGAGCCGAGCACGUUGGAGAUUGACCAUCAUAACUGUGUGCUGUGUGCUAGUCAUACUGGCAGCUUUGAUAGUGGGGUUGUACUUUAUCAUUAGGAUGGUGAACACCAAGUUUUUCUUCUGCUCUGGUUCACUGAGGUUCAUUUCAAUAGAGAAGGCAUGUGAUGGCAAGGCUGACUGUGCAGGAAACGAAGAUGAGGUUGCAUGUAUAUCCAAACUGCGGACCAAUGAAACAUAUCCAGUGAGGCUGAUGGGGGACAGACUGGUCCUGCAGGUGUUCAUUAAUGAGGGUGGAUGGAGAACAGUGUGUGCUGAUAACUGGAGGACAAAGCACACACGCUUAACCUGUCAACAACUGGGCUAUACAGCGAGUCCACGAAGUACACGAGUCCCGGUGAAGAGUCUGCUCUUUAACCCUCACAAUGCAUUUGCUACUGUCAGCAAUGACUCAACAAACUCUGACAUCCAGAGUUUCCUUUCAGUCAGUGAUAAUUGUUCCUUCGGCUCAGUGGUGUCUGUGUCCUGCUCAGACUGUGGGGAGGUGGUGGGAGAGGACCGUAUUGUCGGUGGGGAGGACACAGCGAUCGAACACUGGCCAUGGCAGGUUAGUCUUCAAUGGAACCACCAGCACGUGUGUGGAGGAGCGUUACUGUCCACGCACUGGAUUAUUUCAGCUGCUCACUGUUUCACAAGCCGGACACGAGAUCUAAGUCGAUGGACUGUGGUGUUGGGUCAGACCCAAAAUACAGCAUCCAGGGGUGUCAGUGUAGAGAUGGUUGUUGUCCACAGGGACUACAGCCGCUUGAGCAAUGACUUUGACAUCGCCAUGCUAAAACUCACCUGGCCUGUCACAAUCGGGGAAUCGGUCUUGCCCGUUUGUUUACCCCCACACCAGCUGUCUGUGAAGGACAUGCUUGUGGUGACUGGGUGGGGAUUGCUAAAAGAGAAAGGCGAGCUGCCCUCAGUGCUGCAGAAAGCUUCACUGCCACUGAUUGACAGGUCAGAGUGUUCCAAACCCUCUGUUUAUGGUUCCGCCAUUACUCCCAGAAUGCUUUGUGCUGGAUUUUUAGAAGGAAAUAUAGAUGCGUGUCAGGGGGACAGUGGGGGUCCGCUUGUGUACCUUUCAUCUCGCUGGCACUUAUUGGGCGUAGUGAGCUGGGGUGUGGGCUGUGCACGGGAGGGAAAACCUGGAGUUUACACUGAUGUUAGACAACUUCUUGACUGGAUCUACACUAUAAUGGAGAGACAUCCAUGAGGAGGUGAACCAUGAAUGAAUAACUUCAUGCUUUCGUGACACAAAGGAGAAAACGCAUCAUCUCAGCGUGUCGAUACAGAAAUCGGUGUUUGUGAAUAUAAGUAUUCAAUUUUAUAAUUUGAUGUUCAAUUUGACAUAAGUACUAUGUCGAAACAUCAUGCUUUUUUUUUAUUCACACUGUAUAAAGCUAUUAAAGUACUGUAUGUUUUAAUUUUUUUUCUAACCAAAAGCAUGUAGAAAGCAAAAAAUAAAUAAUAAAGCUUGAUGCAUUUACCAAUCCA